AUGGCGACUGCUUCAACAAGCUGUCGGGGCUUUACGCACCCGGUCCUCCUACUGAUCAGGAGCUCUUUAUCACCGGCCGCCCGGCAUGGCACCGCGGCCUCUCAGUCGCCAUGUCUUCUUCGUUUGUCUGCUGCUUCAAGGCGGUCAUCGAGGCUCUUCACAACGAGCGCACGCCGUCAACAAAAACCUACAACGGCCGGGGUAGCCAAGACAAAGGUGGAAUCCCUCACAAGGACACCCGUCGCGUCCACAUCGUACGCCCAAGCACUGGCGCAGCGACCCGGCGGAGCUAUACUAUACGAAGGCGCUGGACAGAAGAUCUUCAUCGUGUCGAGUUACAUGGCCGGACUCGCCUGCCUAGGAGGCGCGACCUUUAACAUCAUCUUUAAUGUCUACAACGCGCCGCCGGGAGUGCCCGCGUGGACGGGCUACGCUUUUGGGUCUGUGGGCCUCAUGCUCGCCAUACUGGGCAUGAACUUUAUCCUCAAACCGUCCAACAUUGUGCGCAGGAUUAGGGUCCUCCCCACGCCCGAAAAGACGGCCGCUGCACCAAAGGCUGGCGGCUACUCUGCGCCCGCCAAGAUUCAGAUCGAGGUGCUCUCGCGCAAGCUGAGCCCCAUCCCCGGCAUGCCCCUCAAGCGAACGGUCGUCAACCCGCAGGAUAUCGUCCUCAAGGCCAAGAUGUACAACCCCAAGCCGUUUGGCGCGCCGGCCGACUCCGUCAUGGCUCGAGAAUGGGCCGAGCGCACCAUGGCCAGGGCCGAUUACGACAAGCAGCACCCGGCCACUGCGGGCUUCCGUAGUGUCGGCUGGGCGUUUGCUGGUUUCUUCCAUAGCAUCCGCCGCGGUCUGACGGGAGAGGGUUUUGCGCCCAUCGAGGUUAACGGCCAGCGGCUCAGGCUGGACAUUUCCGAGGGUUUCGUCCUUGAUGACGGCAAGGCCAUGGAUAGGAUAUUGACGGUCAAGGAGGAGGAGAGACCCGGUAUGCUCUUCCGCUCGUAG